GGUCGCGCAAUUAAAAACAUAACCUAUAAAAGUGAGACGCGCGAAACUUUAGAAGACUACUCACAAACGAAAACGUUAGUUUUCCGUGCGUGUUUCUGUUUCCACUGUAUUAUGGAGGACAAAAAGGCAAAAAGAGAACGUGGAAGAAACUUCACUGAGAAGGAGAAGGAGGCAGUAGUCGAAAUUAUAGAACGAUAUCGCCCACAACUCGAAAACAAAGUAACAGACGCCACUUCCCAUCGGGAUAAACAGGCAGCAUGGGAGAAAGUGAUGCACGAGUGCAAUGCUACAUCCCAGACAGCCCCCCGAACUGUGAAGCAACUAAAGGUCUUGUGGGCCAAUAUAAAAAGGACCACAAAAAAAUCAAUUGCCGAAGAAAAUAAAAAACGUUACCUCGAAAGUCAAGAGGAGUAUGAUGGUGAAUACGUGGCUUCAUUGAAACGAUUGAAAAUGGACGAGAAUGUACAGUCUAUAAAAGAGAGAUCUAAAACAGGAGGUGGACAGUGCAAUACACAGCUAUCAGAUAUGGACGCCCGGAUACUAGCUAUGGUGGAGCCCCAAGCUAGACCCCUGUGUAACAUAUUUGACUGUGACAAUGUGUACCACGGAGAUGUAGUUUUGUCCCCCACUCGUGGACUAAUCGUUGUGUCACCUCCAACCCUCCCAAUUCACAUGGAUCCAGUUCCUGGACCUUCUUGGCGAGAUGAAAGUCCUCCACCCUACCUACCAUCACCGCCAUCUGACCAACCCUUAACGCCUUCUGCCGUUGCUCCAGAAAUUCCCCAACCACCAAAAAAGGUGAUCCGGAAAAAACCGAGGAUUGCAAAAUCAAAGAAGAGUACCGCGGAUUUAAAAAGAUUGCUGUAUCUUAAACGGAUAAAAUUGGCCGAGAUGGAACUUAAUUUUAAGAAAAGAUUAUACAAAAUAGAAUUAGAAAUUAAAGAAAAAGAAUUAGAAAUUAAGGAAAAAGAAUUAGAAAAGUUACAGAGUUAGGCAAUAUUUAAUUAUUUUUUGUUCGUUCGUUGUUUUUUUUUUUAAAUAUUUUUAUGUAAAGAAAAAAUAUCUUUGUCAUUUCUAUUGAAACACUACCUGCUUAUCAAAAAUGUCUCAAUUUCAACGUUG